UUAUUACCGAUAUGUCUGUCGUCGUCGUGGUUUCAGUGUUUAACACCCCGGUCGGCUUCUGCGUUUCAGUCGUCUUCCAACUUUGAGCAUCUUCCCCAGACUUUCAUCCUGCUGCUCUCAUGCAUUCUUCGAAUCUCGGUUCUUCCAGCAAACCUGCCUUCUCUUCCUUCUCUCAAUCCAGCACAAGCGGCGGUAGAGGAAGAGGAAACGAGAGAGAUAAUAAUGAUCGACGGAGACCUCAGGGUCGUGGCGGCGGCGGUAGAGGAGGAGGCAAAGAUAAAAUCGAUGCGCUUGGAAGACUCUUGACGAGAAUCUUGCGACAUAUGGCUACUGAGCUGAGACUAAAUAUGAGAGGUGAUGGUUUUGUUAAAGUUGAAGACUUGCUUUACUUGAAUCUCAAAACUUCUGCAAACACUCCCUUGAACUCUCACACUGUUGAUGAGAUUAGAGAGGCAGUGAGAAGAGACAAUAAGCAACGUUUUAGCCUCGUUGAAGAGGGUGGAGAGCUCUCUAUUCGGGCUAACCAAGGCCACUCUCUCACGACGGUUGAAUCUGAAAAGUUACUUAAACCAAUAUUGUCAGCGGAAGAAGCUCCAGUAUGUGUGCAUGGAACUUAUAGGAAGAAUUUGGAAUCCAUCUUAGCAUCUGGGUUAAAGCGAAUGAAUAGACUCCAUGUUCACUUUUCUUCUGGCUUGCCAACAGAUGGUGAAGUGAUAAGUGGCAUGAGAAGAGAUGUUAAUGUGUUGAUCUUUCUCGACAUCAAGAAAGCUCUUGAAGAUGGGAUUGCGUUCUACAUUUCAGACAACAAGGUAAUUUUGACUGAAGGUAUUGAUGGUGUAGUGCCUGUUGAGUACUUCCAAAAGAUCGAGUCUUGGCCUGGUCGGCAACCAAUUCCUUUCUGAUUUGUUAUUAGGGACGACAGCAGUGACUUAUGAGAUAUACAAUUAUUUCCACCUUAGUCAUGUUUCUGCAAAUGUUUUUUUUUAAUAAAUUAAUCUACUGUUAUUUUUUCGUGUGUCGUCGGUAUUUGUUAAAUAAAUUAAUCACAUCAAUAUUUGAUCGUGGAUGGUGAUCAGUGUAACCAAUGUUUGUAGAAACUUUGCAACUAAUGAAUAUUUUGAUUGCAAUC